UUAGGCAACAGAAAUCAACAUCCAGAAAGUGUCGGCUAUGUUUGAGAGAAACGAAAGUAGAAGGAGAAGAUAUAACAGAACAAUUUAUAACACGAAUGACGGUUGGCACGAAUGGCACGGUUGGGACAACCCAACGAAGCCAAAAGGUGCCACGAAUGGCACGGCUGGCACAGGAUGACAGGGCUUCGCCGGUUGGCGCCCCUGGUCUUCCUUAGAUAAGUGGCGGGCCAGCAUGCGGCCCCAGCCUCAAAGUGCCCAGCCGAUCCACCGCGCAGCCGAUGCGUGAGGGCGGGGACGCAGGCAAGCCGUGGCUUAUAUUAGAUGGCGGGCCGGAUGUGUGGCUGUGAACCGCGGGCGGCAAAGGAGGGCGGAGCAAAUGCAAGGCGCCCGAAGAGCGCCCGGCUUGCGGAGGUUACUGAAGCGCAACGCUGUGGAGGGUGUGGGAGGUGGAUUUUUCACAUUAUAAGACGCCACCUCGUCGAAAUAAUCGUAACAGCCGCGGAGCUGGAGCACGAGCACUGGGAGCUCCAGGAGCAGGUCCUGGAAUACUUGGAGCAGCUGCCGGAGCGCCACCCGCUCCAGGAGCAGCGCCUGGAGCCCUGGGCGCAGCACCAGCGCCUUCCGUUCCAAAGCCCGCUUUUCCCCUAUUCACGGAGGGUCGAAAUUUGUUCGAACUGGAGACUGCCAUAG